AUGGCGAAGUCUCAUCCAUCAGUAUUCAACAUUGUAAUGACUUUGCUGUUGUUAGGUGGAAGACCUCCUAAACCUUGGGAACGAGAAGGAAACAACAACACGUCUGGUCCUAAGCCUUUCAGGCCUCCUUCAAAUACGAGCACUGCUGAUUCUGUUGAAGCUUCUGGCACAGCUAAUCCUGGUGAACUAGUUUCCUCUAGGACUCAUAAUACAGCUACUAACAUGAAUCCACAUUUGAGUAGGCCUGUACCUUCUAGACCUUGGUUACAGCAGAACUAUGGUGGUAAUGGUCCAAACCUAAGUAUAAACUCUAGGAAUGGUUCUUUAUAUGGUGGUGGAAUGUAUAAUAGAGGAGUUUAUGGUGGUGGUAGUCUCUAUGGAAGUUCAGGUAUGUAUGGUGGUGGUUAUGGUAUGGGAAUGAGUCCUUAUGGUGGUCAAGAUCCAAACGAUCCUUAUAAUCAACCUCCUUCUCCACCAGGCUUCUGGAUAUCUUUUCUCCGUGUGCUGCAAAGUGCUGUGAAUUUCUUUGGGCGUGUAGCGAUGCUGAUAGACCAAAACACACAAGCCUUUCAUAUGUUAUUGUCUGCUCUUCUUCAGCUAUGUGAUCGUGGUGGUAUGUUAUAUGGAGAGUUAGCAAGAUUUGUAUUGCGUUUGCUAGGAGUGAAAGCAAAGCCUAGAAAAAUGCAGCAGCAGCAGCAGCAACCACUAGGACCAAAUGGAAACCAGAACUGCGUGGAGGGGACUAAAGCUGCUGGACCAAGUGGUGGCGACGGUUGGGACAAUGUAUGGAGUAACUAA